GAGAAAGAAAAACCCUAACCCUAGGCAAGCGCCGUCUCGUCUCAAAAUAAACCCCAGCCGUCUUCUCCGCCAUCGCCUCCGCCUCGACGCCGAGCUAAGCUUCGCCGCGAGCGAGCUCCAAUGGCCGGCAAGAAGAGGUCCUCGGUGCCCGAGGCCGAGACGGCCACGGACGCCUCGCAUGACGAGGCCGUAGCCACGACGGCUGCAGCGGAGGCGCCGGCGAAGAAGAAGAAGCUGGCCAUGGAGCGGAGGAAGCAGCGUAAAGAGCUCGACAAAGAGCGCCAUCGCCAGCCCGCCGGAACCGACGCCGCAGCCGCCAGGCCGCAGCCGCCGCCCGCGGAGUUUGUGGCUUCGGCGCCAGUGAAUCCCCCGCCCGCUUCGGCGGCGGCAGGGCCGGGGCUGCACAUGAACUUGUUCAGGGACCUGGCGUCUCCGGAGCCGUCGGUGAGGGAGGCCGCGGCGGAGGCGCUGGUUGCGGAGCUCAGGGAGGUACAGAAGGCGUACGAAAAGGGUGCGCGGAAGGGGGAGAAAAAAGCGGGAGAUGGGGACGAGCCCUCGCAAAUGGAGGCCGAGAAGGACGAUGGCCUGGAGAAUUGCGCGCCGUCCGUGCGGUAUGCCAUUCGGCGGCUCAUUCGGGGUGUAUCUUCUUCUAGAGAGUUUGCAAGGCAAGGAUUUGCAUUGGGUCUUGCGGUUGUGCUCGAAUCGAUUCGAGCUAUCAGCGUUGAAGCAAUUAUGAAGUUGAUCCCUAAUUUAUUGGAAUAUUCAUCUUCGAUGAAGGGACCGGAAGCUAAGGACAAUCUUUUGGGUUGUCUGUUUGGAUUUGGAUCACUUGUUAGGUCUGGACGGGUUUCACGACAGUGGACACGUGACAAAAGCUCUCCCAUUGUCAAGGAUUUUGUGAGUGAGGUUGUAAAACUCGGUAGCAAGAAACGAUAUUUAACGGAGCCUGCAGUUGCAGUGAUUCUGGAUUUAGUCAGGAAGCUGCCUGAUGAAGCUAUAAUAUCCGAGGUUCUUAAAGCUCCUGGUGUUCAAGAUUGGUUCAACGGAGCUGCUGAUGUUGGCGAUCCAGAUGCACUCUUUUUAGCUUUGAAGUUGCAAGAAAGAACUAAUGUCCAGAAGGAGAUAUUUGGGAGGCUUCUGCCAUAUCCAUUCGGCCCUGACAAUUUUCUUGCAAAAGAACAUCUUCAAUCCAUUGCUGCUUGUUUCAAGGAAUCUGCAUUUUGUCUUCCUCGUAUUCAUAGUCUAUGGCAUGUGAUGACAGAGCUGCUUGUCUGGGAGACAGCAUCUCGGAAUGAUAUUAACACCAAUUCUGGCAAGAAGCACAAAAAAAACAGGAAAGCCAGCUCCUCCGAGGAUACCGAAAAGAAUCUACGAAAUUUCUGUGAGGUUAUAAUUGAAGGGUCUUUGUUGCUCUCAUCUCAUGACAGGAAGCAUUUGGCAUUUAAUAUACUUCUUAACCUCCUCCCAAAAUUGUCUCCUUCGGCCAUUCAAGUUGUUCUGUCCAGCAAAGUUAUUCAUGGUUUGAUGGAUAUUUUAUCAAAUGAAUUGUCAUGGUUGUAUAAUGCCGGUAAACAUUUUCUGAAAGAGUUAGUAAGUGUAGUAAGUCAUGACAAUGAUCGACGUGUUGCUGUCAUUAUUAACUUGCAGAAGUAUAGUAGUGGAAGAUUUGACAGCACGACAAAAACAAAAGUUGUUAAAGAGUUGGUUGCCAAGUUCCAAAGUGGUCAAGAAUGUUUGUGUCUUGUGCAAAAUUUGAUGGCGCUCUUUGUGGAUGAAGAGUCUGUUACAGAUGAACCAUCUGAUCAAAGUCAGACAACUGAUGAGAAUUCCGAAAUUGGCCCAACUGAAGACCAGGACCCUUUUGGACAAGGGAAUGCUGACCUUCUGAAGAGUUGGGUGGCGAAUACAAUUCCUUGUGUUCUGAAAAACUUGAAGCUUACAUCUAAAGGAAAUUCAGAUUCCGAAAUCGUUAAGUGUAUUGAAGAAAAGUUUCAAGUACAGACUGAAAUAUUGAAAUUUCUUGCAGUCCAAGGUCUGUUCUCAGCAUCUUUAGGAACUGAAGUUACAUCAUUUGAGUUGCAAGAGAAGUUCAAAUGGCCAAAAACACCCAUAUCCACAUCACUGCGUAAUGAAUGCAUCGAACAGCUUCAAUUCUUGCUGGAAGAUGCACAAAAGGAUGAAGCUUUACAUGUUGCUAGUGAGGUCAAGUCCAAUGACUUAGGCUUCUACUUCAUGCGUUUCAUUAACACUGUAUGCAACAUCCCCUCAGUUUCCCUCUUCAGGACCUUAAGUAGCAACGAUGAUAAUGCAUUCAAGAAAUCGCUGGCUAUAGAAUUGAUGCUUUUCAACGAGGAAAGAAAAGCUGGCCCUGGAUUGGACUCUACUAAGAUGCAUGUGAUGCGUUAUCUCCUUAUUCAGUUGCUGCUUCAAGUUCUCCUCCAUCCGGAUGAGUACUGGGAGGCUGCAAUUGAUGUGACUAUAUGUUGCAAGAAAUCCUUUCCUGCCAUUGCUCAGGGUGACAACUCCAGCAGACAGGAAUCUAAUGAAUGCGGCUUACAGGACUCUGAUGAGAAUGAGUCAGAGGAAUCUAACGAGGAUGGGUCAGAAGAGUCCAAUGAGGAAGUGUCACUAGAGUUUAUGGAUGUACUUGUCCAGACUUUUCUCUCUAUUUUGCCUCAUGUAUCUGGAUCCGUGUGUUUCACCAUUGAACAGGUUUUUCGUGUGUUCUGUGAUGAUAUUACAGAAACUGGGCUCCUUGAUAUGUUGAGAGUUGUGAAGAUAGAUUUGAAAGGUUCUCGUCGUCAAACAGAUAGUGAUGGCGAUGAAGACGACGAUUGUGUUGAUAUUGAAGAUGAUGAUGAAACUGUAAUGGAAGAUGCAGAGGUUGGGGAUAUUGAUGACAUUGCAGAUGAUUUGGAUGAGAAUACGGAAGAUGAUUCAGCUGAUGAGGAUCAAGGUGAUUUGAAAGAAACAGUUGCCAAUGAGGCAAAAGAUGGAGAUGACGUGGAAGCUACUAAAGAUGGGGAUGAUUCAGAUGAUUCAGAUGGCAUGGAUGAUGAUGCUAUGUUCCGUAUUGACCCUUACAUUGCAAGGAUAUUCAAGGAGCGCAACCUUCCCGGUAGUGAAACUAAGCAAUCUCAACUUAUGCGAUUCAAGCUUCGUGUGCUUACAUUACUGGAGAUAUAUCUUCAGAGGAACCCAGGGAAAAUUCAGGCGCUGGAGGUGUAUUCUUUCUUAAUGCAAGCUUUUGUCAAAUCACAUGGCGCUGAUGGCAUUGAGCAAUUCAAGCAACGCAUAGGUGGUAUAUUGCAGAAAAGGAUAUUCAAAGGAAAGGAGUAUCCAAAAGGCAAUGACGUUGAGCUUAGUAGACUUGAAAGCCUGUUGGAGAAAGCUCUGAGAUUGGCGUCACGCUCAAGAUUUAACACAGUUGCUUCUGUAGCCCAGAAUGCUACAUUUUGGAUUCUGAAGAUCAUCAAUUCGAAGAACUGUUCCAAACAGGAACUUGCAAGUGUGGUUGAUAAGUUCCAUUCUAUCUUGAUUGACUACUUCAGCAACAAGAAAUCACGUCUGAAGCUUGGUUUUGUGAAGGAGGUUGUCCGGAGGAAUCCUUGGAUAGGACAGGAGCUUUUAGGUUUUGUUCUACAGGAGAUUGGGAGCACGAAAGCUGAAUAUCGGAGAAAUCAAACAUUGGAGCUGGUGGACUGCAUAUUGAAAUCAUGGGAUGGUGAUGGAUCAGUUGUGUUGAUGGAGCAUUUGGCUCAGAUGUGCAACUUGAUACAAGAAGUUCUUUCGAAGAUUCCUGAAAAUAAGUUGCGGCGCCGCGAAGUCCGGAGAUUUUGCACACGAGUGCUGGAAACAGUGGCGAAGCUUAAUCUCAAAGAACAAUUUCAGGGCACAUUAAAGCCUGAAACUUAUUCUCUUUGUCAGGCACAUCUAGGAGCUGCAUUUGCCCCCUUCCAAAAAUGAUUUCUGUGGAACAACUACAUCCAUUUCUUGACAGGCCAAGAUGCACUAGACGUUUUGAACUCCAUGGGAGUAGAAUGAAUCAAACUAAUUUGUAUUUUUUUGGGUACAAUAUCGGAAGCAAGAAAGCCAUAGUUUUAGCAGCAUGUAGCAGUGUCUAUUCAGGAUUGUGUGAAUGGUUGCUUGAUGUUUGAAAGCACCAUGGGCAAACAUGGUGUUCAGUUUUCAGUACUGCUAUCACAGUACAUUUACGUUUAUUUAACGAAUCAUACGAUCUUCCUCAAA